AUGGGGCUAGACGAGUGUACUGCAGAAAUAAGCUCGAUGAAGAAUGCCAAGAUGGAGUUUAGCAAAGCAAUCAAGAACGCCAAAGCGUUAUGCUGGAAGCAACUAUGUGACCAAAAUGAGCGUGAUCCCUGGGGUAAACCCUAUAAGCUGGUAAUGGGUAAGCUAACCAAAAGCCGACCCCCCGAGAACUCCAACAACACGGCGCCAUUCAAACUAUUGUCAAAGGACUCUUUCUCGUGCAUUCACUCCGCAGCGCAAUAA